AUGGCUUCCUCGCGCAUAACUCAGAUCAGCAAGCAUCUCGGACCUGGGAACCCACGAACACCAGAUCCCAAGCCUGCUGAGCCUUACAUAGUCGUCGAACAACCCCUAGGAACAGCAAAAAGGGUCCGCAUCAUCACAAUCGGCAGCGGCGCAAGCGGCCUCAACAUGAUCCGCACCUUUCGUCAGAAACUCACAAACUUCGAACACAUUGUCUAUGAGAAGAACCCCGAAGUUGGAGGUACUUGGUACGAAAACCGCUAUCCGGGAUGCAAAUGCGAUAUACCCUCGCACAACUACCAAUUCUCCUGGAAGCCAAAUAAGGAGUGGAGCAGCUUUCUGUCUCCGGCGGAAGAGAUUCAGGCGUACUUGUGCCGCUUGUGUGACGGUGAAGAUCUACGGCGCCAGAUCAAGACUAAUCAUCUCGUGACGGGAGCAUUCUGGGAUGAAGAUGCUGGGCGAUGGACGGUCAGGGUGAAGAAUUUGGAGGACGGUGUGGAGUUUGAGGAUCAUUGCGAGUUUCUGCUGAACGCGAGUGGUAUUCUCAACAACUGGAAGUGGCCAGAUAUUCCCGGCUUGCACGACUUUUCCGGCUCCCUCCUUCAUAGCGCCGACUGGGAUGAUAAGUUUGGCUGGAAAGGGAAAAGAGUCGCCAUCAUAGGCAAUGGCUCAUCUGGUGUUCAGAUCGUUCCAGCUGUACAAAGAGGGAAAGACGCAAAGGAAAUGAUUCAUUUUAUUCGGGGACCAACUUGGAUUAUGCCGCCUCGGGUUCAGACAUUGCUACUGGGCAAAGCAAAGCAAACGAUGGAGCAGAUCGAGUUGGACGAUGAUGAGAACUUCACGCCAGCUCAGAUUGACAAGUUCAAGUCGGAUCCUGCACUCUACAAGUCGUUCGUAAAGGCCAUAGAGGAGCAAGUUAACAACAAUUUCUUCCUCGUAUUAAAAGACUCGGAGACUCACCGACAAGCAACAGAGGGUGUCACUCGAUACAUGCAAUCAGCACUCAACGACGACCAAAGACUGAUAGAUAUCCUGAUCCCCAAGUUUCCUAUUAGUUGUCGUCGGAUGACACCAGGUGUGGGGUACCUAGAAUCGUUGACGAAACCCAAUGCGAGAGUCAUCUCGGGAGGAAUCGCUCGCGUAGUCUCGGAUGGCCUGGUUACAGCAUCCGGGGAACACAUUGCAGUUGAUGCCAUCGUGUGUGCCACCGGGUUUGAUGUCUCGUUUCGCCCGCGGUUUCCCAUUAUUGGACGGCGGUCUAUAAAUCUCCAGGAUAUCUGGGCUAAGGAUAUCCCGAAAGCCUACAUGUCUUGCGCGGUUCCCGAGAUGCCUAAUUACUUUGUCUUCCUCGGUCCAAAUGCCCCAAUCGGCCAUGGCAGUGUCUUCACGAUAACCGAGCUGCUCGCAAAAUACAUCGCCGGCAUCAUCAAGAAAUGCCAAACUGAGGGCAUCAAAUCCAUCAGCCCCAGCCUCGACGCAGUCAAUGAGCUUCACGAACAUACCCAAGCCUUCAUGCCGCGAACAGCGUGGGCAGGGUCCUGCAGGUCCUGGUUCAAAGGCGGUGCUGUGGAUGGACCCGUCACGGCGCUGCAUCCCGGGAGUAGAAUCCACUUUUUCCACAUGUUGGAGAACUUCAGAGGCGAGGACUGGGAUUAUGUGUAUGAGAAGAAACGAAAUCGGUUUGCGUAUCUAGGGAAUGGGAUAUCGACGAAGGAGCUUGAUGGGUCUGAUUCAACUUGGUAUCUGAAUGAUCCUGAUGGUGAUGAGAGGUAA